UCUCGUUCGCUUUUCGUCCGUCAGUCAGUGUACAAAAUCGGCCUCGCGCUUCGCACGUACCGUGUUUAUAGGAAAAGAAAAUACGUCUGCCGUCUGCUCCGCUGCUGUGGUUCUUGGGAAGGAAAGGAACCUUCCCCGCAGAACGAGAAGAAGAAGAAGACCUAUAGUUGGAACGCGAGUCUCGCAGGAAGAAACAAAAAAAAAAGAUCCCGUCGAUUCGAAAACUCUUCUUGGUGCGUGUGUGUCUGCUUUUAGGAAAUUAUUGUUGUUUCCCCCGCGGGAGUGAAUUUUGUGUGUGAAUUUAUUUCGGUGCAAUUUUUGAGCAAAAGGACUCCUCUUCAGCGAUCAGGGCAGCACCCGUUCCUGCCAGCUAUGUGCAGCUAGUUGAAUAAUAUGAACGUUUUCAACCACGUGAUACCUAGUAUGAAUCCGCAAGAACUUAGUACUAUGGUUUGGAUGGGACAGUUCGCCUCGCCACUGGAUGAAAACCUUGCCAAUCUGUACGGGCAGCCAGUUCCAGCCGUUAUGGACGACAUGUCACAGCCAGCUCCCUCUAUGGAUAUGAACCCAGCGAUUGGAUCGUUGAUCGGUGACUACAGUGGCCAUGUGACGGCAAUCCCAACGCCCACGGGUGGCCUCACGACGAUGCCGAAUCCCGAUCUGGCCAUCACUAAUCCGGAACUGUUCAAUCUCCAACAGCAGCAGUUGCAGCUGCAGCAACAACUGAGCCUAGGGAAUUAUAGCUUCCUGGAGCAGAGUGGACUAGCUGGUCAGUUAUCUGGGGUGGCUGGCGGUUCCUGCGGUGUAGUUGGUGGCGAUGGUGAUGAUUCGACCGGAGCCACGCGAAUAAUCGACGACGACGAGGAAGACGAUCAUCUCAACGAUGAAGAGCAUGCGAUGGAAACGUACGAACACUACCAACGGAUGGUGGAAGCUGGUAAUGAGUACCUGACCGUCACUGGACAGGAGAACCUGCUCGGGUACAAACUGAUGAACGAAGCUCAGCUGCUGCAGCCCCAGGGAAGCUUCCUGGACUAUGAUGGAGGUGCCAAUGGGGACGGUUCGUCGAGUCCUAUCCACGAAGGAAUGAAGAUGGGCGGAAUGGUAGAACAGAUGGCUGCGGUUGCCAAUGCGAUGGCGCCUGGAGCGUCGGGAAGAGGGCACGGGAUGGGCGACACGAGUGGGCCAUCGGUACGAUUUACGAAUAAAAAAAUUAAACCUGUAAAACGACCCGGGCUGGUACUGAAGACACCGAUUGCGUACAAGGGCGAUAUCGAUCCGUCAGUGAUACCGAUCCAGCGUGAUGGAAUGGCCAUUUGUGAAAAGUGUGGUGCAAUAGGAGUGAAGCACUCGUUCUACACCAAGCAGCGUCGGUUCUGUAGCAUGACCUGCGCCCGUUCCUUCGACGCGUUACGUUUGUACGGCAGUACCAACAGCAGCUCUUCAUCGGCAACGCUGGCCAGCAGCAAAGCGACGAUAGCCAGUCUGGAGGAUAGCCUUCCCUCGCUGGCUACACCAUCGGCACUACCUCCUGAGCAACUGAUAGACGACUCGGCGGACGAAGAAUCUUCCAAUACGGCAGCGGCCAGUGGUGCCGCGAACGAAGUCGACAUCGACAGCAAACAUCUCCUACACCAGCAACUAGCUCUACAGCAGGCUCAACAACAACAUCAGCAACAUCAGCUACAGCAAAUUCAACACCACCAACAACUACAACAGCAGCAGCAACAACAACAACAACAACAACAACAACAACAACAGCAAGUACAAAACAUCAGCUAUAGAUUCAAGAUGUCUCAAACUGGAAGCGACAACAGCAACCACGGUGUACAUAGCGACAAAACAAUCAGCCACGAAAUAGUUCCCCAGGACGAGAUCCCGCAGCUCCCGCGGGGAACUAGAUUGCCUUCGCCCUGUAUUCAGGACGAACGAAUCAUCAGCAUCCGGAGGAAACCGUCGGAGUUCAUCAAUUCGUUCGACUGGACCUCAUCGCUGUCGGAUCCGAUCUUUUUCGCCGCGCCGGUGACGUGCUUCCGGCAUGCGCCGGGCUACGAAAUGUGGCCCAACGUGGUCAUCGGAAUGAAGGUGGAGGUCGAGAAUACCGACAUUGACGUCCAGCAAUCGCUCAUCAGCGGAACGCCGCACUCGUUCUGGGUGGCGACCGUGCUCCGAAUCUGCGGCUACAAAGCUCUCCUACGCUACGAAGGGUUCGAUACGGACUCGUCCAAGGAUUUCUGGGUGAAUCUUUGCUCGUCUGAGGUCCAUCCGGUCGGGUGGUGUGCAACGCGCGGUAAGCCACUGAUUCCGCCGAAAAGUAUAGCCAAACCGUACAAAGAUUGGAAGGAAUUCCUGGUGAAGCGUUUAUCGAACGCGAGGACGCUCCCGUCGACGUUCUACAAUAAAAUCAGCGACAGUUUUAAGUCACGCUUCCGUGUGGGUUUGAAUCUGGAAGUGGUGGACAAGAAUCGUAUCAGUCAGGUCAAGGUCGCCUCAAUCAAUAAGAUUGUGGGGAAGCGAUUGUACGUCCGGUACUACGACAGUCCUCCGGACGAUAAUGGAUUCUGGUGUCACGAAGAUUCCCCAUUGAUCCACCCCGUCGGAUGGGCCACCACCGUUGGACAUAAUCUUGCCGCACCCGAUGAGUACAUGGAUCGAAUGAAUGCCGCCCGCGAUCAGAUCCUCGAGCCGAACGAGGACGAUGCCACGAUGGAUCUGUUCAAGACCAACUUCCACUUUGAGGAAUACUACCUGGAGGGAAAACAGACCGGUUUCGAGGAAGGCAUGAAACUGGAAGCCAUCGAUCCGCUGAACCUGUCGUCUAUCUGCGUGGCCACAGUGAUGUCGGUGCUGAAGUUCGGCUACAUUAUGAUCCGCAUCGAUUCGUACGAUCCGGACGUCAGCGGAGCGGACUGGUUCUGCUAUCACGAGAAGUCGCCGUGCAUUUUCCCGGUCGGGUUCUGUUCCAGCAAUCAGAUUACGCUCACGCCUCCGAAGGGAUACGAUUUGACAACUUUUACGUGGGACCAGUAUCUGGUGGACACCAAUAGCAAACCGGCGACGGAAGAUCUGUUCUAUCGGGACCUGAUGAGGCAGAAAUUUAAGAUCGGAAUGAAGCUGGAAUCGGCCGACCUGAUGGACCCAAGACUGAUCUGCGUGGCGACGAUUUCCCGCGUCGUCGGCCGUCUCCUGAAGGUGCAUUUUGACGGCUGGGACGACGAGUACGAUCAGUGGUUGGAUAGCGAAAGUCCGGACAUCUACCCGAUCGGUUGGUGCGUGCUGGUUGGCCACAAGCUGGAAGGACCCCGCGUACUGCCGAAGAUUCCGCCGGCGCAGAAAGUUUCCCCCAAAAUCACCAAGAAAGGUAAACGGAAGAAAAAAGUGAUGAAGUUUGAGAUGACUCCAAGUGGCGAUAUGCACCCCGUUCCCACGACCCGCACAGCCUCCGUCAAGAAAGAGCAGGAACAGUUUGAACAGCAAAAGCUUCUGAGUACCGCUCCGACCACCAUCCCCUACUCGAUAGCCCAGCUGCAGAGUAACUUGGACCAAAUUCAAUACGCCAACACGACGGCGGUUUCGUUGGAAUCGUCGCACAGUGGCAGUGGCACCACCACCGGCGGAAGUUCAAGUUCAUCGCUCCUGUCGAUUAAACACGAACCGACGCACGAUCCGAUGCUGGGACCAAUCUUCGACCAGUCCACCGAAAGCAUCGGCGUCGGCGAUGACGACAUGGGUGAACUCAAAACGGAAGACGAAGAUGGCGAAUCGAAUAGUGCUACCGGAAAUCCCUCGUCGGCACCGUCGGAAAUCACCGACAUCGAGAUGGAGAAAAUCAUUCCAAGGCUGAUCAAUGACAACGGGAGUAGUUCGCCCGAGCCCGGAAACGGUCAGAUCAAUCCGGACAGUUGGGACGUGAAGGACGUGGCCAUGUUUCUGACGGCCAACGAUUGCACGCUGCACUGCGAACCGUUCGUGGCGAAUGGCAUCGACGGCAAGCGGCUCCUGCAGCUCAGCAAGGAUGACAUCAUCACCCUGCUGAACAUGAAGGUGGGACCCUCGUUGAAAAUCUAUGAUCUCAUCCAGCAGUUGAAAUGCAAAAUCGAUCCCAGCAAAUCGCGGCUUCUCAAGUCCAGCCUGGGGAAGAAGUAUCUGUAGCAAUGAAGAGAAUGAGGAGCAGGAGCGAUGGAUGGGAUGGGGGUCGCGAGGGAAAGGAACAAACUAUUCAAGAGUAUUAAUUUAUUUCCUGUUCUUCAUUUGCGCGCCACCUGCUGGUUUAUUUAGGAUUUUUUUUUUCGUUUUUUAUUAGUGGUUUUUUUCGUGUAGCCCAUUCUUUUUUUUUUUAAAAAUAUCAAGUACUCUUUCUGUUGUGAUGAAGCGAAUAAUUUUUUUUUAAAUAGUGUCCAGGAGAGGAUUCCAAAGCUUUUGUGUCGUAGAUGAAGUCAGUGAUUAGCGCGAAUGAGAGCCGCAUUUUUCAGUGAGCAAGAAGGGAAAUGGAGAAAGCAAUUUACCAAAAACCAAACGACAAAACAAUAGAAGAGAACACCAUUCGUUCGAAAGUCUAAACGGGGGCAAAUGUGGUCGACGAUGAUGUGUGCAGCGAAUUCUUGCUCGAAUUGCUAAAAUAACAGUAACAAUACAAACUCCGCAUAGGAAGUAUACACGCGAAACUGUAUAAAGAAAAACAAAAAGUCUAAAAAGCUAACGUAUAAUAGUAGUAUGAUGGUUCAGAAUUUAUUAGAAUAUCUUUUUUUACGAGAAAAGAGAAAGUAAACAAGUAUAUUUAGCAUAGUGAAGAAAUGGAAAGAAAUACAAAUCAAAGAAGUGAUGUUUCUUGAAAAC